UCAGAACAAGGCACAUUCUUUCUAACAUCAUUCUAUCAACCAGCAAAGAACCCUCCAAACAAUUCCAUUGUGCUUAAGAAAUUAUUAAAACCCUCAAUGACUUAAACAAAAGGAAUUCAAGAAUAAGCCCCAAAAAGCCCAUUGUACUUGGAGCUUAAAAUAAAUACUUAUAAACCCUCACUCCAAGCAGAAAUUGGUGUUUUUCCCCUAUUCACUGAGUUUACCUAGACUCCAUGGUGCUUCACUUACUCAUAAGACCGUUAUAUAAAUCACAUGCGCAUCUACGAAGCCAUUCCAGGCGACGUUCGAACCAAGCGGGCCUUGGCAUAAUACCACACCCAGCUGAGUGAAGCACCUUAUACCAAGCAACCCUUAGAGAAAGCAUACACAUAACAUCCCUACACAGCACUCACCUCACACAUAACCCUACCUACCUACCAGCGGUCAUAUACCCCCCCUCAAAAUGUGCAAACGUAUCCUAACGCACAACAUGCACCACGACGUGCGGACCCCCAUGCUCCUCGACCCCUUCAGCGAAACCGCCCCUAUCUACAGCAACCCGCGACACACGCACUUCCACAAAUGCGAGCUCUGCCUCGUCAAGCCAGAAGACUGGCCUCUCUCGUGCCCCUUCCCAAUCUGCACGCUCCACAGCUGCUGCGUGCUCGUCAACACGGUAAGUUACUGCGAGGAGUUCUGGACGCGGAUGCGCACGUCGCUCGGCAACGCCGAUAUCGAAGAGCAGUGCGAGCCGGAACAGUGCGCGCGCUUCGCGCUCGAGCACCGACACGUGCGGUUUCCGUAUCUCGGCCGCGCGUACGCGUACCCCACGGACCCGUGCCCGGCGACGUGGCGGGAGGACCUGCUGGAGGUGCAGGGGGACUCGCAGGGCUGGAUGGACGGGGUUUUGUUUGCGGAGUGCGAGAUGCUGCAUAGGCUCGAGGAGGAUGCCAAGACGCAGUUCUUGGUGUACCGUGAUUUGGCUCGCUUCUGGCCGAAGGGACACGAUCAGAUGCAAGUUGCGAAGUUCAAUGUGGAGCAGGCCCAGACGCUGCUCCUUCAGCAGAAGGAAAGUGUUUCCCGUACGAUGAACUGGAUGCGGGGUGAUUCGUCUGAGCCGUAUCAGGCUUUUACGCCGAUAUGGUGGAUGCGCAUGUGGGCGCUGGAGCAGGACGAGUAUAUAAAGUAAGUAACGGUGCUCGUAACCUUCGCGGGUAUUGGUAGGUAACGUAUAUUAAAGGGAGUAUAUAUUAGACGGAGUCCAAAGGCGUCGAUAAUUCUCCGGGGUAUGUUUAGGUAAGAGAAUAUUCAUAAAUUUCAAGGUAGGGGAUAGAUUCUCCCCCUUAACCCCCUAAAUUUCUGAGGUGAAGUUAGUAUCCUGUAGUAUUAGGGGAAUUGCUAUUGAAUCA